GGCAACGACGCGUCAGACGUGGUCGUGGUUAAUCUGGACUUUGGUAACGGAGACACGGACGACGGCCCGGCCGAUAAAGGCUACGGCGGGGCGGAUAUAAGUCGAGCCUUAUUUAAAAACGAGGAGGAGAAGAAAGAUGAAGAUGGCAGUGAUGACGACAGUGGGACAUACUACUACAACACUGAAGCGUCGGGGACGCGGCUGCAGAGACGUGAGCCGCCUUCAGGUUCACGUCUUCCUGACACGCUCCAGACCAGCCACCUGCUGCUCUACGAGAGGUUCAAGGCCUACCAGGACUACAUGCUCGGAGACUGUAAGCCUUCAGAGGUGAAGGACUUCACAGCAGACUACCUGGAGAAGACGGUGGAGCCGUGUGAUUGGUUGGCUCUUUGGUCCACUGAUAUCUUUGAUGUUCUGGUGGAGGUGCGCGAUGUGGAGGUGAAGGACCUGAAGGCCCGUGUGAGGCUGGUGCUGCCUCUGCAGUGUGAUACCAGAGGCUGUGAGCUCGACGAAGAGGCCACGACGUCUCUUCUGGAGGCCACUCAGCACAAAGUGCCCCUGCAGCAGCUGCAGGUGGUCCACGAGGAGUCUGGGGACAUGGAUCAGACUGCCCUUGCCCUCGAGCAUGUAAGGUUUUUCUAUAAACACAUCUGGAGGGAGUGGGAUGAGGAAGAGGAGGAUGAUGACUUUGACUACUUUGUCCGCUGUGUGGAACCCCGGAUACGCCUCUACUACGACAUGUUGGAGGACAGAGUCCCAGCAGGCCUGGUGGCAGAGUACCAGUCCUUACUGGAGAAGUGUUCCCAGUGCUUCCAGCAGUUCUCCGCGUUGCGCAGUGGCCUCAGUGCCGACUCGGACUCGGAGCUCGACAACGUGUCCAUGGUAGAGGGCCUGAAGCUCUGUGACCAGCUGGAGACCUUCAAACGCAAGCUGCGCAUCAUUGAGAACCCCCUGCUGAGAUACGUGCUGGCCUAUAAAGGAAAUACGAGGCAGCAGUGUGUGCAGAGCAGAGGACCUCGAGCGUCAGGCGCAAAGGUGGUUCAUGUGGUUACAGCGUCCUGCAGCACCGUCCAGCUGCAGUCCCUGCUCAGCGCCAGACUCGUACCUCUAUGCUCAUCUGAAGACACUGAAAUCCAGUUCCACAGAGAGCCGGGAUCAGCCGUGGAUUCGUGCUAUCAGGGCGACUUGGUGAUUGUUCUCCCAGGAAUCUACAGCGUCAGCAGCUCCAUCUUCAUACCAGACUCCAUCACCAUAGAAGGCUUUGGGUUUCCUGAUGAAGUGGUGAUUGAGAAGAAAAGCAGAGGGGACUCCUUCGUGGAGUCUACAGGCGCUGAUGUCAGACUCUCCAACAUCAAGUUCAUCCAGCACGAUGCCAUUGAAGGCGUUCUGUGUGUGCGUCAGGGGACUCUGAAUAUGGAGAACUGUGUGCUGCAGUGUGACACCACUGGAGUCAUCGUGAGAACAUCUGCCCGUCUCACCAUGAACAUGUGCGACCUGUACGGCUCCAAGGGGGCAGGUGUGGAGAUUUACCCCGGCAGCGUCUGCAGCCUUGUUGGUAACGGCAUCCAUCACUGUAAGGACGGGAUCCUCAUCAAGGACUUUGCUGAUCAGAUGGAUGCGAUGCCCUCCAUCACCAUGGAGAACAAUGUGAUCCACAACAAUGAAGGCUACGGCGUGAUUCUGGUGAAACCCAGCAGUGGGGAGGAGCCCAGCAUCCCUGUGAGCAGAGGUGAAGAGCACCCACACACACAGGAGGAGAAGCAGGGAGGAUCUUUAGACCGUCACUUGAUCUCCACCUCAUCUUCAACACCACCUGUCGACACCACGUCCACCAGCAGCUCCUCGCUACCUCUCUUGGCUGCGUCUGCUAAGAACAGCGCAGACGGGGAUGCGGCUGCGUCUGCAGGCAGGAAGUGGCAGUUUAGCCGUCAGCUAAGCAGGAACGUGGAGAUGUCCAGCCGAGCUGUUGAGGAUCUGAAAGACCACCAAGUCUUUGUGUCCUUUCAAGGAAACCAGUUCAAGCGCAACGGCGUGGGCGAUUUUGGCACCUUCUGCUACUGA